AUGCUUCCAGUCCUUCCAUAUCUAAACCUCGCUAUCAACAAUAGCGGUGGAAUAUACGUGAGAGGACGAAGAUUGCCACCACUUUUUCGUGAGAGAGCUUUGGAUUUGAAUCAUCAGAAUUAUUCGCAACGGCAAAUUGCCCGGUCAAUGAGAAAAAGUCGGCACUUUGUCCAGAAUGUUCUUCACGGCUACGAUUGCACAAACUCUUACAUUCCACCUCCAAAGUCAGCUUACCCACGCUAUAAAAUUAUGCCCGAUGUCAUCGACUACAUUGAAACGGAAAAACUAAUGAAACCAAGUAUAUAUCUGACUGAGUUGCGUGACAAUUUGGUCCUCGAUGGUGUGGUUAACGUUGAACAUGUCCCGAGUAGAGCAGCAAUAUCAAAAUGCAUUAGAUCAGAUCUGUUGAUGUCUUACAAAAAGCUAAGUGUUACGCCAUUGGAAUCGACAACGGCAAAUAAUGUUGCUUUGACAGAUGCUUACCUGGAAGAAGUAAGUGACCUCAAUCCAGCCACGCUUCACUUCUUUGAUGAAAGUAGUGUAAUAAAGACGACGGGGAAUCGAAAAUUUGGUUGUAAUUAUAUCGGAAAACCGGCUUUUGAGUUCCAAAGAUAUGCAUCUAAUGCCACCUACACAAUAAAUCUGAUGCAUUCAAUGCAAGGUGUAGGCUAUAUGAACGUCCUUGAGGGACCCUCGAAUGGAAAUUCAAUGUUACUGUUUUUUGAAGAGGCAGUCGAAAUACAAAAAAGGGAUGGAUCUCCUGUUUUGGAAAGGGGUGAUACAGUUAUCAUGGACAACUGUGGUUUUCACCAUGGUAACUUUGUCGAACCAAUGUUGACCGAAAUGUUGGCCGAGUACGGCGUUCGUCUAAUCUUCCAACCUCCAUAUUCACCUCAUUUGAAUACUUGUGAGUUGUGUUUUCACCAAAUAAAAUGUUCCUUGAGGCGCAAUCAACUAGACGCCGAAUAUUUCACUGAAAUUGCAAUAUACAAUGCAUGUCUUGAAAUAUCAGCUGAAAACUCUGCAGCAUAUUUUAGGCACUGUGGAUAUUUGUUGUAA